AUGACGCGGUACGAGACGAGUCUCGACUUUCGCCGGAACGUCACGGGCGAAGACCUGCGGCUCACGGGCUGGUACAACUACUUCCCGUCCGUGAACGCCACGUACUGUGCACCGACGGACGACGCGUGUGUGCGGUGCCGUGGCCUCGUGCAGAGCGGGAGCUGGACGGGCCAGUCGUUCACCUGGCGCGACGCGAGCAGCAACGUGUCGACGGAAGUGAUGCGGCACUUUUGUCGAGGACUUGACGGGUGUGUCUGUGUCAUGGCCUGUGAGUCGGACAACUGGGCGGCCAAUAUGCCGGCGGCGUGCGACGAUGGGGGAAGUGCGUCGAACAACGGCAAACAGGUGGCGCCGACCGACGUCACUAGUUACAGCACCAUGUUGGUCUUCUUUCUCGUGCUGCAGGUGAUGCUGUUGGCUGUGUUUAUGUACCGACGCGGGCUCUGUCGACGCGGGACUCAAGCGCAGCCUCCACCGCCACGGCCAGAAGGGCCGUACAACAACGUUGACGCCAUCGCGUCCCCAUCGAAUCGAUUACGACUUUCAGGCUGGUCGAAAAUGCAAAGCGCUUUGAUCGAGCGCGAGAGCAAGCAGCGCGCUUGUUACUCUCAGCAGCCGCAGGGCAUUGCAUCGGCCGAAAUGGAAAACCCAGCGGUGCAAAUUGAAGAAGGCCGUAACCAGACACGGCUGCUAUCGUCUCAAGGGUCACCGCAAGACAGCGGCACAGCACGAGCGGUGUACGUGGGGGCGCAGGAUGAUCCGCGUCAGCAGCACAGCAGCCGUGUUUCCGAUGCUCAGCAGAUUGUUGGUAUCGGUGGCGCCACUGCGGCGGGUUCUGUCGAGAGGAUUGCAGAUACCUCAGUCACGCGGAUUGAACGUGCGUCGUAG